AUCAUAUCUAAAUAUAAAACACACGGAAACGUGGAAAUUACCCAGUCAUGAUUGGGUGUCGAUGUAUAGGAAAGUUCACGAUGAAAUAUUUUCUAUGCAUUUGUCUUCUCAUUGUCGUCGUUGGGUUACAGACAUGUUGGAGCUUCAACUCACUGAAACUCAAUCGUAAACGCCGAGAGUAUUUAGGGAUGGAUUAUUGCUUGAGGGAAAAAUUUUGCCCCGAAGCCUGGAAAAAAUAUCCUAGAGGAGCUGAUGAAGAAGACGUUGAUACGUUCUGUGGACGAUUAAGCAUGUAUAUAGCGUGUUCUUGGAAGAAAGGUCCUUGGUGGUGUAUUAAAGGGCUGCAAUUUGAAUACUCGGCUCUUCGCGUCUGUUUUAUGUCCAAAGAAAAACCAAAAAGUAGAUAACUUCACUUUCACAAGAUUUUGAAGAGUUACAUUGACAGAAAUAACACAUUGACUGCAAGGAACAAACCUGAGUUCAUAUUCCUGUCAGCAAUCAGUUCUGAAGAUUUGAAUUAGAAAAAUACUGAAACAACGCAUAUAUAUGUAAAUAAAACUAUAAUAAAUAUGUCAA